CAACAAUGGUGGAUACCGAUGAUAGUUUUGAGUGGGGAAGUGAUGGUGACGCUGAACCCUCAUCAGCCCCGGCCUUGAGGAACAUGGAUGCUGCUGGUCCAUCAACAUUGGUACACCAGGAUCCUAAUGGGCGGGCUAAUGGGGAAGCACCACCUAAUUCUUUAGUCGAGGGAUAUGUGGGAAUGGGUUUCACAAGAGAGAUGGUCGUGAAGGGCAUUAAACAGAUUGGGUACAGUGAUUCAAAUGCAUUGCUUGAGCUACUUCUCACAUAUAAGGCACUUGGAGAUGAGGCUGCGGGUAAUUGCUCUACUUCUGGUCUCAUCUCCCAGAGUGUUGAAGAUGAUGAUGAUUUUGAUUUUGAAAACUGGGAUGGAGAUGACGAUGCUGAUGGGAGAGAACCCAACUCUGAUGAUUCUGGUCAUGAGGUAGUUAUUUCAAGUGUAAGGCGACUAGGCGAGGAGCAUUUGUGUUCAUGCAUACAUUUAGUCUUCUAUUUGCUCAAACAGCACUGGAGAAUAACAAAGAUGUCAGAGAAGGACAACAAGAUCAAGUCCUUAGUGAACAUGGGUUUUGCUGAAGAUGAAGCAAAUAGGGCUAUUACCAGAUGUGGUGUGGAUGCCUCUGUGUGUGUAUUAGUCGAUUCGAUCUAUGCAUCCCAAGCUGCAGGAAAUUGUAGUUAUAUGAAUCAAUCUGAAUAUGAGGUUACUGAUAGGGGCUUUGAUUCCUUUGGAGUGAGAAAGAAAGCAAGAUUGAUGGAGGAGAGCAAGAAAAAAAUGAAACAUUAUGGAAGUGGAGCACAAGGAAGUCGCUCCUCCUUGGAUGGUAACCAUGGUGAACUAAUGUGGCUCCCACAUCCGAUGGUUGGAUUCAACCUACCUACUGAUAGGCUACGGUCAGUGACAAGAAGUCUUCCUAAACAAGCUAUUGGCCCACCUUACUUCUACUAUGAAAAUAUGGCUAGAGCUCCAAUAAAUGUAUGGAAGGAAAUUUCCAGAUCCCUGUAUGACGUAGAACCUGAGUUUGUGGAUUCUAGAUUCUUCUGUGCAGCUGCUCGGGAAAGUGGCUAUGUCCAUAAUUUGCCGAUUGAGAAAAGGUCACCUCUCCGUCCUCUCCCUCCAAAGACCAUAUUUGAGGCCUUUCCUCAUUAUAAGAAGUGGUGGCCUACCUGGGACCACAGAGAGCAGCUCAAUUGCUUUGAGACCCGUGUGGCAAGUCCAAAACAGAUAAAAAAGAUCGAAUGUGCUCUUGUAAGGUCAAGUAAUCCACCACCUCUAACAGUUCAGAAGUAUGUAAUGGACCAGUGCAGAGAAUGGAACCUUGUUUGGGUUGGAAAGAACAAGGUUGCCCCUCUAGAGCAAGAUGAGAUGGAAUAUUUACACGGUUUUCCAAGAAACCAUACGAGAGGAGUGGCCAGUAGAAAGAGGUACAAGUGUCUUGGUGAUUCUUUCCAAGUUGAUACUGUCGGCUACCACUUGUCGGUGUUGAAGGACAUGUAUCCGAAUGGUGUUAAUGUGCUAUCCUUAUUCACCGGUAUUGGAGGAGGAGAGGUAGCUUUGCACAGGCUUGGAAUCCACAUGAAAACAGUGAUAUCUGUUGAGAUAAGUGAAGAUAACAGGAGGAUUCUGAGGGGUUGGUGGGAUCAGACACAAACUGGCACGCUAAUUGAGAUUGCUGAUGUGAAGUCUCUCACUAAUGAUAGAAUUGCAUCAUUUAUUGGUAGAUUUGGUCGAUUUGACUUGGUGAUAGGGGGCCUGGAGGGUGAGCAACCUGCUUUAUUCUACCACUAUUGUAGAAUCUUGAAAGCCGUCAAGUCAGCUACGGCAAGGAUGUAGCUGAAGCUAUUCCCGUAUCAGUCGAAAGGAUCUUGUUUCCUGGCCGUCAUUAUGUGAGUAUUCUUCUGCU